UAAGUGUGAUAAAAGAACUUGGCCAAUUAUUUCAAGAAGCAACGGUGACAACUCGUCUUCUGGCGAUGCGAAGCGGGUUGAGCCAGCGCAACUCCCAUCAGGAAUGCGUCCAUUUAUGCGCACAGCUCUUUCUAUGUCACGCUUGAUUUCUGCCCACUCAUUCCAUCUCAAAUCGAACUCGACACCGAUAAUUUCUCAAUCUUCUCGCUCUCUUCGAAUCCCUCUCUUCAAUCUCCCACAGGGUGUUUAUCGGCCGAAUUCGAGCUCUGAGUUUCGUUGGUUUUGCUCGAAGUCUCGGAUUGCUGCUGCAACCAUGCAGAAUCGGGAGUCGAUUUCGUAUCUGACGCAGAAGGAAGCCGCUGAGGUCGAUGAAAUUCUCAUGGGUCCUCUCGGGUUUAGCGUCGAUCAGUUGAUGGAGCUGGCUGGAUUGAGCGUAGCCACUUCAAUAGCAGGGGUUUACAAAGUCAAUGAGUAUAAGCGCGUUCUUGUUAUCUGUGGCCCUGGAAACAAUGGUGGAGAUGGUCUCGUGGCUGCUCGUCAUCUGUUUCACUUCGGAUACAAUCCAUCAAUUUGUUAUCCAAAGAGGACUCCGAAGCCUCUUUAUGCCGGUUUGGUUACUCAGCUGGAAUCACUGUCAGUUCCUUUCGUGUCUGUAGAGGACUUGCCUUCGGAUUUGUCGAAGGAUUUUGACAUUAUAAUUGAUGCAAUCUUUGGGUUCUCCUUCCACGGUGCUCCAAGGCCACCAUUCAAUGAUUUGAUCCAAAGGCUUGUCUCUUUAAAUGAGUACAAGGAAGCAAAGCAAAGAUUUCCUGUUGUUGUUUCUGUAGAUAUUCCAUCCGGAUGGCAUGUCGAAGAAGGGGAUAUUAGUGAUAGCAGCUUUAAACCCGAUAUGUUGGUUUCUCUGACUGCCCCAAAGCUAUGUGCAAAGAGAUUCCAUGGUCCACAUCAUUUUUUAGGUGGCAGAUUUGUGCCACCGUCUAUCGUGAGCAAAUUUAACCUUCAUCUUCCUCCUUAUCCCGGCACGGCAAUGUGUGUUCGUAUAGGAAAGCCUCCACAAGUUGAUAUAGCUGCACUUAGAGAAAACUAUAUUUCUCCUGAAUUUGUUGAAGAUAAUGUAGAGGCUGAUCCUAUUCAUCAGUUCCGCAAAUGGUUCGAUGAAGCAAUUGCUGCUAAUUUACGGGAACCUAAUGCUAUGUCGUUGUCUACUGCUACGAGCGAUGGAAAACCAUCAUCUCGUAUGGUUUUGCUAAAAGGAUUUGAUGAAUAUGGUUUUGUCUGGUACACAAACUAUGGAAGUCGGAAAGCACACGAUUUAGCUGAAAAUCCGCGUGCUUCGCUUCUUUUCUUCUGGGACGGUCUUAAUAGGCAGGUAAGAGUGGAAGGAACAGUGCAGAAAGUUUCCGAAGAGGAAUCGGAGCAGUACUUCCACAGUCGUCCUCGUGGAAGUCAGCUCGGUGCAAUCGUUAGCCCACAGAGUUCUGUGGUUCCUGGAAGACAUUUUCUCAUUGAUAAGUUCAAAGAACUAGAGGAUAGAUACUCGAAUGGAAGUUUGAUUCCAAAACCAAAAUACUGGGGCGGAUACAGGCUUAAACCAGAAACUUUUGAGUUUUGGCAGGGGCAGCCAUCUCGGCUGCAUGACAGGUUGCGGUAUUCCCCUUGCGAGAUAGAGGGAAAAAAGGUUUGGAAGGUAGAACGGUUGGCUCCAUGAUUGCUUCCUCCGUUACAUCGUUCAUGUACCUUUUCUUUACUUUUCAUGCUUGUUUCCCCUCCCCUCCCCUUUUGUGUUAACGUGGCUAAUAAGUGAUUACUGAAUGAUUUACUGAGUAAUUACAAUAUUUACGGUUGCCAUUAAAUUA